AUCACUCUUGCUGUAAAGCGAGUACCUGUCUUACAGAGGUCGUAGAACUUAACAAGGAAGUGGCCUUUUACCCUAGUCUUCUAGCAAAAAGAAAUGACGUCCAACAAAUUGUCGAAGAGAAUUCGGGCUUUGCUUGACUACGAAGACAAUAUUACAACAAUGAUAGCGAGCGCGCGUUUUGGGGGCAACGGUGAGUGCGACUGCUCCAAAGAUAGGGUAAAAAUGAAUGUAUCUGAAAACAGACUGGUGUACGACGUUCUUCGAGAAAAGAUGCAGAAAUGCACGAGAUCAGAGACCUGGGAAGAUGACAUGUUUAUGUAUUCUGAGCGUGGAGGUGUUCCAGAGCUCAAAGAAGCCAUCGCAAAAUACCUCCGAGCUACAACAAGAGCCGUUAUGCCAAUUGAUCCAAAACAGAUGGUGGUUUUGAACGGCGCCGAUGCAGGAUUAGAGGCUUUCGGGCAUAUCAUCUGCGACGCUGGAGAGGCCGUGCUUUUACCUGCUCCAUUUUACUCCGGCAUUCACAGAAAUCUCAAAACCCGUUUUGAUGUCAAUGUGGUCCCGAUCCCACUUUCUAGCGAGCCGAAAUCUGGUGAGUCCAAGCCAUUUGAACUGACUGUUGAGCGUGCUGUGAAGGCGUAUAAGACCGCAAUACAAGAGGGAAUUGUUGUCAAGGGCCUCUUUCUUGUAAACCCUAACAAUCCACUAGGAGACGUUUACAGCAGGCAACUGGUUCUAGAUUUACUCAAGUUUGCCAACAGGUACGAUCUUCACGUAGUUCUGGACGAGGUUUACAUGAACUGCAUUUUUGAAGAGGGUAUCGAUCACUACAGCAUCUUCCAGUUCAAAGAAGACGAGAUACCAGACUUACAGAAAGUUCACUUCAUCUGGACGUUUAGCAAGGAUCUAGCAAUGGGUGGAAUGCGAAUCUCUGCGAACUACACUUGGAACGAGGACGUCUUUCGUUCCCUUUAUGCAAUUGCACAUUUCCAUCCUGUUCCAACGGGAUGGCAAAGGAUAAUGACAAAGCUACUGUCAGAUACAGACUGGUGUACCGAUGUCUUUUUGCCGACAUCGGUUAAAAGACUAAAGGAAGCUUUUGAUCACUUCACCACGGGAUUGACAAAACUUGGCGUUCCCUUUCACGGUGGACCCGCAGGGCUCUAUCUUUGGGCUGAUUUUUCAAAGUUCCUAUCAGCACGUACUGCAGAGGCUGAGAUUGCGUUCCAUCACAAGGUAAUCAAGGCAGGUGUCGAGUUCUCUCCGUCUCUACUCUACGGAGGCAGUGAAAGGGGAUGGUUCCGAGUGGUGUUUGCUCGCAAGCUGGACAUUCUAGAACUAGCUCUGGAACGAAUUCAGCGAGCAUUGCAGUCUUAAGCCUAUACACAAGAGAGUUCUCGAAAAAGCAAACUCAAAUGGGAAUAUAGGUAGGCUACCACAUGGGUUGGCCCCGGCCCAGAUCUUGUCCAUAUGGGCCCAAUAUAUGGGCUUGCUACCUUGGUCUUCUUAUCACGUGAAUGCCAAUGGGAGACUUUCUGGGACGAUAGAGGGCAGCAGACUUAUCGGGUAAA